AUGAUGGAUACUUGUGAUAACAAUGUAUCCUGUUAUUCUUCCAUCAAUGGAACUCACUAUUUCCAGCCAGAGAAAUACACUAAGCUAAUCUUCGAAGAAGGAGAUACGUUUUUACAACACGGAAAGAGGAAGUUUCUCCAACUUCACAAAAUGGACUGUCAAUCCAUAAGUAAGCAAUCAAGUGAACAUUGGACAGGCAAGUGUGGAAUGGCAACGAUUCUGAAACGCAGCGCUAAACUGACUGAUGUCUUGCAUUUUCGUUACUCUACUGUUGUUAGCGCGCCUCGGAAGCGUAAAAUGCCACGUCUCACAGAGUCUGAACGCGAAGAGUUACUCAAACCUUUACUAAGGGAAUGCAAAUGGGAAAUGUGUACUGAACAUCGUUCCGGAGAUGCUAUGAGACGUUCUUUUCUUUUCAAAGACUUUGAUACUGCAUUCGACUUCAUGACUAAGGUAGCUGGAAAGGCCAAAGCUAUGAAUCAUCACCCUGAAUGGUUUAAUGUCUAUAACAAGGUGGACAUUCUUCUCACCACGCAUGAUGCAGGUGGCCUUUCUCAAAGAGAUGUUGAUCUAGCGAAAUUUAUCAGUGACGCAGCACUUGAAUACCAAGCAAAAUAA